AUGAUAGGGCCAUCGAGAAAAGGAUAUGGAUUCUUAGAGGAAGGAAGUUCCCAUGGACAAAAGUUUGGAAAGUUAAAGAAAGACGAAUUCGAUGGUUAUAACUCUGAUAACCAUCCAAGAAAAAAUAGCCCCGUUACUUUGGAUGCACCUCAUAUAGAUCCUCUAAUGGUAAUAGAAAAUGCUCCUUAUGACCCUUCCCUCUCUCCCUUAUCAAAAUCCCCAUGGUCCUCUCACGUGAACGAAGAUGCUUCCAUGUCCAACAGCAUCGAUGCUCUAGUAGGGUCCCUAGUCCGAGAAGAGGGUCACAUUUACUCCCUCGCUGCAACCAAGGACUUGUUAUACACAGGUUCAGAAAGUAAAAAUAUUCGCGUGUGGAAGAACCAAAGGGAGUUCGCAGGGUUCAGAUCCAACAGCGGGUUAGUGAAAGCAAUUGUGAUCGCGGGGGAAAAAAUCCUCACGGGACACCAAGAUGGAAGGAUAAGAGUGUGGAAAGUGUCGGGGAAAAAUCAGCAACAACACAAACGUGUGGCGACAUUGCCGACGUUAAGAAACUACGUCAAAUGUUCGAUGAACCCAAGUAAUUACGUGGAAGUGAAGCGACACCGUAACGUGUUGUGGAUCAAACACUAUGACGCCAUUUCAUGUCUCGGCUUAACGGAGGAUCAUGCUUAUAUAUACUCUGCCUCGUGGGAUAAAACUUUCAAAGUGUGGCGAGCGUCGAACUUCAAGUGUUUAGAGUCUGUGGCAGCGCAUGACGAUGCUGUUAACGCGCUUGUUGUGGGGAUGGAAGAGUUGAUUUUCACAGGUUCAGCUGAUGGCACUGUUAAGAUUUGGCGACGGGAGAUUCACGGAAAAGGGACGAAACAUUUUUUCUCGCAUACAUUGUUGAAGCAAGAGUGUGCGGUGACAGCGUUAGCGAUGGGUGGUGAGGGAAAUUUUCUGUACGCUGGGUCUUCCGAUGGGUUGGUGAAUUAUUGGGUGCGGGAGACAAAUUUGGAGCACAGGGGCAUAUUAAGGGGGCACAAGUUGGCAGUGUUGUGCUUGGUUGUGGCAGGAAAUUUAGUGUUCAGUGGCUCUGCUGACAUGGGCAUAUGUGUAUGGAAGAGGUCAAUGAAUGAAGAGCAUGCACGCAUAAAUGUUUUGUCCGGCCACACUGGCCCAGUUAAGUGUCUGGCCGUGGAGAGGGAUCUUGACGCCAUGUGCAAUGAGCGACGAUGGAUUUUGUACAGUGGGAGUUUGGACAAGUCUGUGAAGGUGUGGAAGGUCUCCGAGAAUGCAACUACUCCAACCACCACCCACCCACCCAGAGGUAGUGUUGAUCACUUCCCCCCAGUUUCAUCGUUAAGGAAAUCGGGGUCCAAGAGAUACUAG